AUGAAACUCGGUUUCAAUGCCAAGACCGGGAAGAGAUGGGAGCUGACUUCAUGGCUAGGUGAUACUUUACCUGCUUCUGGAUCUUUUGUCUUUGGCGUGGAUGCUAAUAUCACAAACCUGUUGACCAUCUUGUGGCGUGGAGACAUGUAUUGGGCAAGUGGGCUCUGGUUUAAAGGACGUUUCUCCUUGGAGGCGUUUAGCAACUACGACUCCUCUUCUAUUAUGUCUCAAACGAGAGUGAACACUAUUUCAUGUUUUCAGUUGCUGAAACAGAUUUUUCCACGAUGGUGA